UGUCAUCGCCUUUUCUUUCUUCAGUCAGUGACAGUAAUUUUUUGUGCGAAUUAUUUCAUACCUACCUUACUGUAUUUCUUUUUCUAAUAUUCAGUGUUGCGAAGCAAAUAUGUUUUUUUCAGACCUAAUACGUUUAAACGCGUUAAAUGCUAUAUUGUGACUACGUAAAUUUAACUUUUACUUGACGUAAAUUAGUGUUGCAUUAAUUUGAACUCGAAACUGUAGCAUCAGUUACAAGUUAAGAUGUUUGCGAGUUUAAAAAGUAAGAUAAAGGAAGAAACUGGUAGUGAUAUUAGUAAACUAACCAGUAGCUGGAGGAGCGGCGCCUUCUUGGGACGAAUAACGCUCAGAGACGAUUCUUCAACAGCAAGUCCUUCUAGUUCUGGUGGUCAUGGAGACUCCACAUCAGAUUCAAUAUCUCCGCAAAUGGAGUCGUACCUAUCAGAGAGGACUGGGGGAAGGAUAGACCAGGCAGUCUUACAGCAACAGUACUCAACGCAGUUGGAGGCUAAACUACGAGAGAGGGACACUUACUGGGAACAAAAGAUUGAGGAACUGAAGCUUUCACUUGCAUCCGUACAAGGUGAAGAAGCGGCGGCGGCUCAAGCAGUGGCUCGCACGGCACAAGCCGAGGCUGCCAAGGCGGUGCUGGAGAGAGACGCGGCCAAGAGACUGGUGGCCGAGCUGAAGACACAGGUGGCAGCUGCUGAACGGGCUCAGGACAGACUUGAUGCAUUAAAUGAGGAGUUAGAACAAAGUCGUCGCGAAUGGGCCCGCGAGCGCGCGGAGCUGAGCGGCGCGCUGUCGCAGGCGGAGGCGCGCGCCGCCGACCUGGCCGACAGCAUCGCACUACUCAGCGCUGCACUGCCGCCUGAACAUCCGCACCAUCACAUGGAGGAUGAUGACAAACGCGAGGUAACUCCAACUGGGUGCGCGGACUAUGACCGCGUGUGUCGGGAGCGCGCCGUACUGACGCGACAACUGCAAGAGGCCAAGAUGGCGCUCGCUGACGUCAAGACCUCGUGGAGCGGACAGAUCGCGUCACUGGAGACACAGGUGGCGCGACUAUCGCGGCAGGCGGGAGAGGAAGGUUCCGAAAGGAGACGAGUGGAGAUUGAGAAGAAAGAGUUGCAGGAGAAAUUGCAGAGCGCAGCUGCAGAGUUGGAGAAAACGAAGCAGAAUCUAGCCAACAGUGAAGCUAAGGUGGUGCGGCUGAACGGCGAGGUGCACUCGCUGGCGCUGGAAGUCAAGUCCCUGCGCAGCGCCGCAGACCUGGCCGCCGAAAAAACUAUGGAGUUUGAGACCCGGAUUGAAAGUUUGACGCAAGAGAACAAGGAGUUGAUAGAAGCGUUAGAGAAUGAGAGGUCUUUAGUGAAGAUCUUGAGGGAGAAGGUGGACAAAUGCAAUCUACUCUGCGACGAGAGUAAGGCGGAGGUCAAUCACCUCAACUCCAUGGUGACGGAGAUGCAGCACGACUUCUUGGAUAUACAGAGAAAGUUUGAUAAAGAAAAACGUGAAAAGGACGAAGCUUUACUAAGGAACGCGCACAUGUCACAGACGAUAGAGAUGAGUCAAUGUAACGUGCGAUACCAAGAGACAGAGAUAGCAGACCUGAAGAGCAAGAUAGCAGAACUGGAGGGACUCAUCGCACAGCACAAAGAGAAUCAAGCUGCCUGCAUGUUAAUAAAAGAGACAGAGGAAGCACGAAAACAGGAAAUCGAACAACUUAAGAAGAAAAUAGACGAAUUAAUAGAAAACGAGACUGCACUCAAAAAGACUAUACAAGACUUAGAAACUGAUAUCUGUGAUAAAAAUAAGAAAAUAAAAACGUUAGACAACAGAAUAUCGGAUAUGAAGAAGACACUACAGAGGGAGCUACAGAGCAGUAAGUCGGACCUCACGUCGGCUGAGGAACAAGAUAUUAGCAGACGGUACUUAAAACACGUGGUGCUCCGUUUCCUAACGGCGCGUGAGUUGGAAGCGAGACAGUUGACUCGCGCACUCGCCGCUCUCCUUCGGUUGUCGGCUCACGAAGAGGCGUUACUACGGGCUGCACUCCCCCCUCGCACUGGCUUAGCAGCGUGGUUCCCCUCUCUCAACACCUGAUCCGUCUAAACGGAGCAUAGGAUCGUAUGUAUGUGAGUUAGAACGCUUAAAGAUGAAUUCUCAAGAUUUUAUAGCAAAGAAUGACGUCUCAACGGUUUUCCUUGUCUGUGAAAAGAAAUAAAAUGUACAUGUCAUUUAUGCGGGUAUAUCACCAUGUAUGUGUCUUGAUGCUUGCAUGAAUGUGAUGGAAACUAAAGAAGUAGGUAAUUAAGGAUUGUUUCUACCCAAUCUAUGGGAGAAAAGCGUAUGUUUACCUAUUGUUCAAAUACUCAAACGCUACUCAAUUUUAAGUCGCUCUCAAAAAUAGUUCUGUCACUAUAAAUUCUUUGUAUAAUGACAGAGAUAGCGCUAUAUUUCUGUACCUACAACUUAAAAUUGAGUAGCAUUUCAGUAUUCGGGGGUAUGUCAUGUACAAUGUCACUGGACAAGGCAAGACUUGGAGUAGCAUAUGAGAAUUCGAGAGUCGUUUUCGUUGACAAAAUAACUGCAAUAUAAUGUAGAUAUUUAUUGCUUUUGUAUGGAAAUUUGUACACAUGAGAAGAUUUAGCUAUUUGUUACUAUAUUAUUUAUGAUGUUAGUACGUUAUGAUGAUUUUAUAAAUUAUCUUAGUUAUGAAAUUGACGGAUCAUAUAUGAGCGAGAUCAUUUGUGUAUAAUAAGGUGACUUUUACUUGAAUACGUGUGAUUGUAGGUACUUGACGCCAUUUUUUUUCUAUUGGAUCUUUCUUAACUAACAGCUGACAGAAAACUCUAAAUAAACUCUAAUCUCUAAACUCUUGACGACAGCUGAAUUUAACAGCCGAUAAUAAUUCAAAAUUACUGCACCCUUAGUACGAGUUUCCUUUACAUUUAAAGUAAACGACGUGCGAGCGCGUUGGGCGCUCUGAUUGAGUGAGUCGUACUGAGUUAAUCGAGCCGACCAAUCACAGCGCCGAACGCGCUUUUGGUGGUUACUUCACUUUAAAACAGAAUAACUAUCCCCUUUGAUCAAGCUUUAAUUUUAACGGGUGUGUCUAGUUCGUCUAUUGUAUAUAAUUUACAUUAAAUAAUAAUUUUGUGACAAGAGACACCAAUACAUACAAUCGUAAAAGUAUUGUCAUUCAUCGUAAGGACAUGAAUUUAAAUCGAAAUAAUAAUAAAAGAUGUAUUUUAUCUUCAGUAUUAAAUCAAAAAAUUUUGAAAAUAUCGUUUAAAUCGUGCUCGUAUAUAAAGAAUCUCUAUACAUAAAAUAUUAUAAUUAUUAUUCUUAUAUUGAGUUGCGACUUGUGAGCCCUUAUUUUUUUCCAUUAUGUUUAAAUUUAUAUGGCGUUAUUUACGGUUAAAAAUAUUAAAAUGCCGUAGUACCUAAUUCAAAAAUAUCUAUAAAACUUUGUCAUAUUAUUUAGUGAACAUCUAACAUAUUUGUAACUGAAAACCGAUCUCGAUUGUUUGUUAAUUUCUUUCUUUUGUUAUUUAUUUAUAUUUGGCGAUCAACGAAUUCAUAAGCAAGGUAGACUUUCUAAAUAUUGAAAUAGAGGAAUAAAACACACUACGGUUAUUUUUGAAAACAUAAAGCAAUUUGACACAAGCGGAAUUCGAACCCGCUGCCUUCGUUCAGUAUCCGUUUAGCCGGUAAGGUGUAAGUAGGCUACUCAUAUUUAAGCCCUUGAUUUCCGAAAGCUUGAUCAAAAUCAAAAUAAGUAUUAAAAAAACAUUUGAAGGAUAAAAAUCAUCUCCAACCACAGAUAAUAUUAUUUUGACGUUUGCAGAAUCACUCAAACGGUGAUCAAACUUUUAGAGUCAGACUUAUUGGUAUAAGUAGCACAAUGAGAGAAUAAAUACAGCAUCACACGUUUGUAUAAAUAGGUACCUAAGUAUUAUAACAUUAAGGUACAAAUUGGAAGCGGGCGACAUGAGGCAGGACCGGAUGACACAACACUACUGGUUUCUAUGAAAUUACCUCCGUGGUUACCGACACGAAGUAAGCGACGCGUCGUCGAGUGGCAGACGCCUGUAUUGCCUGACCGCGAAUCAGUACCCUUAGUACGCACGUUCGGCGCUCUGAUUGGCUGUCUCGAAUAAUUCGGCGCUCUGAUUAGCUGGCUCGAAUAAUUCGGCGCUCUGAUUGGCUGGCUCGAAUAAACAAAAUAAUUAGAGCGUCGAACACGCUCUCGUUUUGACCACUUUUAACGUAAAGCAAACUCAUACUAAGGGUGGGGUAUUGUCGCUGUUAUAGUUGGAAAUCAUGACUGCAGUGACAGAUUAGGACAUGAAGAGACACCACGUCGUCUCUUGCUGCCUCAUGACGCCCGUUUCCAACUUGUACCUAUACUGUAUUUUUGAACAACCGUAUUGUAACACACACAUGUGGAAAUUUAAUUAAAGUUGCCUUAAUAGCUGCUAGUCAUUAUUUAAUUAACUCAUUGUAUUAAAAUUAUGACAACUUUUUUAUGCUUGUUUAUUGUAUUCGGGUUUUAUUGUGUAUAUCAACUAAUAUGAAAGUAAAAUACUUUUCCUUUUUACUGUUAUACUAUGCAAAUAAAUAGUUCUGUAAAAGUGUGUAGAAAUGUAAAUAAUAAAACUUUAUUUGUUCCGUUUUUGAGCAAAAAAUCGAAUAACACAGCCUGCCAAGAAAGCAAUCGACUGUAUAUCGACACCAGCAAUUUAUACUACGCUAACUCGAAAUUUGGAAAAAACUUUUUUUAUGCCAAGUUGCUUAAAAUGUGUGUUUACAUACGUCAUAAAAAAAUUAAGAAGAAAUAUGCAAAAAUAAGAAAGUUACAAAUCUUAUAAAACGCUAAGUAAAGGUACUUUUUGAAAUCACUCGAUUUAUAUUACGCCAACUAUUAUUAGCGGAGUGUGCGCGCGGAUCACUUUGGUCAAAGUCCGUGCAACACUGCACUAACUCAUAGUUAGCGUAGUUUAGUGCGUUCGUGUGAAUACUUGUUCGUUUGUAAAAUGAACGACUUAGCGACUUUUACAUAGUAAAUACUUAUGUGUUAACGUAUUAAUUAGUUUAUUAAUGGUACGUUGACUAUUCUUUUUGUAAGUAAGUACAUGUUCUUUAUAAAAUAUUGAAAUAUGCAUCAGAUGAUUGAUCAUGCACUACCACGUCCCGUACUACACUACGCUAACAUAAGUUAGACGUGUAUAAGAUGUAAUUUUUUUUGAUGAAUUACCAUUAUAUACGUCUAACUUGCGCUAAAUCAAACAAUAGAAAUAAUAAAGGAAAUAUAAUUAUGAGAUAUUACAAUGAAUAAAUUAAAUAUUCAGCAUACCAAAUUUCAAAAAAGUAUCUUAAUUAAUGUAAAAGUUAUCACGUUUUUCCCUUUAAACGCCUCUACUCUAAAGUACGCUUUUUGAGUUAGCGCAGUAUAAAUUGCUGGUGUCGAUAUAAUCGACUCUGAUUCUUACAAAAAAAUCAAAAUUGGUGCACCCAUUUAUGAGAUUAAAACCAAACAACUUUCCAAAAAUUGCGUAUGCCGCGCAAUGUUGUUCAUAUGAGCCCCUAGCGUGGCUUGAAACUAGUCGAGUUGAUCAGAAAAAAACAGCUACGUGAGUAAGCCAUUAAACAUAAAUUAACUUGAAUUAUUGAUAUACACAAUAAAGACUAUAUAUUAUUUUGUGUUGUCAAUUAUGUUGCAAUAGCGACAAGGGUUAUGUUGUUGAUGCAUCGCGAUGUCGCCUCAAGAAGUUGUAUUAGUAUUAUAGUCUGAAUAUAUUUUAGAAGAAUAUUGUUAUAAAUGUAUAGAAACAUUCAAGUGAUAAUGUAAUUACACUGCCCUUUGUAUUUUGUACAGAUAAUGAAGCUUUUGUUAAUGAAAUAAAUAAUAAUGCCGUUGUUACAAAUGUAGUGUGAAAACCGAAAAUUUUGUUGAUGUUUUUGCCUUUUGUACCAAAAUAGAGAAUUGCCGCUAGCUAAACAUAAAAAUAAUGGGGGCUACUGAAUUUUUCCACCAGUUUGCGUACUGAAUUAUUUUUCAUCAGAUGUCCCUAGUGUUGAUCUGUCAUUCUUCGUCCAAUAGGGAGUUAGCCACAUCAUUGGACGUUUAUUUAAUAUUUGACAUCUGUUAGUGAUUGGAUAAACAGACCCUUUUCUAGAUUUGCAAAAUAAAAAACGGUAGCCCCCAUUGCAUGUGCAAAUUGUGACAGAAAGACAUAGGCUUGACAUGGACUAAUUAUAAAAUCUAAAUCAAUUCUCAGUCGAUUCAGUACGAUACGAUAGUUUGGUGCUGAUGUUUAAAGAACAUAAUAUUCGUAUACCUUAAGAUAUGUUGACACUGUCAUAUUUUGUAUAGAGUUGUAUUAAUUCUAGCAUAAAAAUGUAAUAUUGUCAUUUCAAGCCAUAUACAGCCACGUCUGAAUUUUACUGGCAUCCACAUGUUUUUCACUUUUGUAAGAAUAUUGUUAUAAAAAAGCACAUUCAGUGAUGAGCGGUUUAACUCAGCGUGAAUAGGGCAUUUAGCAUCCGUCAGGUAGAUUAUUUUAAAACAUUAGACAAGUAUUUUUUAUAUUCUUAUAGAAACAAAUAUGUAUUUUCGACAAUAUGUUAUUAAUUUUAAAUAUCGCGUGAUACUCUGUGCGUUUUAUACUUAUAAAUAACUUUGAUUCGUUUUUAUCUAAGAAUUGUUUUCUGAUAUGACUAAAAAUACUUGUCUAAUAUUUUUUCAUAAUUAAACCUAGGUAACUGACGGAUUAAAUAGAUUUUUAAUAUUCAUACCCCGUCAUCAUCCCUAUUAUCGAUAUUUUGUCUUGUAAAAUAAAACAAAAUGAAAUGGGCUAUUUAUAAUUUGAUAGUGAUUUGUAUAGCAUUCCUUAUAUUUAGAAAGAGGCGCACUGUCAAUUUUUGGCACUUGUAAUGUAUGUAGAUAAUGUGGUGUAUGUUGUCAAAGAUCUGCGAAUAUCGAUAUAUUGUACAUUAUAGACCUUAGCUUGUUUAAUAUAGAGUUUAUUAUAUUUUGUCGUUACAAAGAACAUUAUUUUUUCGCUAAUUUUCACAGUAUUUAUUUUGUAAGAUGUCCCUUUUACUGUAAUUUAUUUAGUGAUUAUUAUUAUUAUAGGUACGUGACGAAAGAUAAAAGAUAUUUUUUAUUUGUUAUUUUUGUUUAAUUUUUAUCUUAUAUUUAUGUUGUUAUUUAAAUAAAGUUAUGAUAAGUAAUUA